UAUAGAUGCCGUGACUCUUUGCUGUUGAUGAUUCCUUUUCAUUGACUCACUUGUUCGGUUUGACGAGCUUCGUGUGCGGCAGCGGUCACAGUCUCAAUAGCCGCCGGGUCCCUUUAGCCGAUGUCUUCUCCUCAUCUAAAGGCCAUUAUUUUCGAUAUUGGCGGUGUCGUCCUUCAUAGCCCUCAGGAGAAAGGCCUCCCAAAGGACUAUCUGAAUGUCUCCAUAGCCUCCCGAGGUCCUGUUGGUGCCUGGCAGAAGUUCGAACGUGGAGAGCUAUCACUCUUCCCAUUUUACGAAGAGUUUGGACAUGAUCUGUCUGACACGGAAAAUGGUAACAAAUGGUAUAUGGAAUAUUGUGCUCGAAAGAAAAUAGAGUGCCCGACUCUACCUGUCAUGAUUGAUAUCGACGGCCGUGAGCUUUUUGGUAGGAUGAUGCGACAGUCUACAGCCUAUGAUGAUCACAUCUGGCGAGCCAUUCGCCGGAUAAGAGCAACUGGAAAGUGGCUUAUCAUCGCCCUUACUAAUAAUUACUCGAAGCACAUCACGGAUCACCCUUUUUCGACACCGCCAAAUGCAGGACAACCUCCUAUACGAGUUCCCGACUCGGAGUUACGUUUCUUGGGAUGGGAAGAUAGGGCAACGUUUCAUCUCCGCGCCUUGUUCGACGACUUCUGUGAUUCCAGCGAGUUGGGCAUGCGGAAACCCGACCCCGAAUUUUAUCUCCUUGCAUGUAACAGAAAUGGCAUCCGCCCUGGAGAAGCCGUCUUCCUUGAUGAUAUAGGAAUGAACUUGAAGGCCGCUCGAGGUCUUGGCAUGGAGACCAUCCAUGUUCCGAUAGGUGGCACUCUUAAUGCAGUCAAACAGUUGGCAGGGAAAUUAGGCAUUGACCUUACUGGUGACCUAGACCAUAACAACAGUAUAACUUCUGCCAAACUUUGAGGGACUUGACUAGA